GAGAGAGACGGGGAGAGAGGGAGAGAGAGCGAGAGGGGGGGCGUGUGAGUGUUAAGGUUGCCAUCCUCCAUCCAGCAGAUCCAUCAGUGGGCAGGCAGGAGACGGACCCCGCUCUGUUGCAUCCAUCCUCUUCUCCAUCCAUCCACCUCCACAUCGACCCAUUCAUUUCCAAGGGCGUCUCAAGGGGUGACAAGACCCGGCUGCACGGUGCAUGCAUGUGUGCCCGCGUAUGCGCGAGUCCCUCGUACAUGUAGCCUACGCGUGCGUCUGGUCUGUCUGUGAACCGCUGACAUGAGGAGCUGAAACCGAACCGACAGAAGGAUGAAAAUGCUCCGGUUUCGCAGCCCCAGCAUCCGCUCCUUGGACCAGGAGGUCCUCUGCACGAUCCGGCUUCUGGACGACUCCGAGAUCUCCUGCAGCAUUCAGAGAGACACUAAAGGCCAGUUCCUGUUGGACCAUGUGUGCAAUCACUACAACCUGCUCGAGAAGGACUACUUUGGGAUUCGAUAUGUAGAUCCUGAGAAACAAAGGCACUGGCUGGAGCCCAAUAAGCCCGUGGUGAGGCAGAUGAAGUCAGCUCAUCAGCCAUACACCAUGUGCUUCCGGGUCAAGUUUUACCCUCACGAGCCCAUGAAGAUCAAGGAGGAGCUCACCAGGUACCUCCUGUAUCUCCAGCUAAAGAGAGAUAUCUACCACGGUCGUCUCCUCUGUCCUUUCGCUGAAGCAGCGUAUCUGGGAGCCUGCAUUAUACAGGCCGAGCUCGGGGAUUAUGACCCAGAGGAGCACCCGUCGGACUACAUCAGAGACUUCAAACUGUUCCCCAAACAAUCCCUCAAACUGGAGAGGAAGAUUAUGGAAAUACACAAGAACGAGCUCAGGGGUCAGUGUGCUGCGUUAGCAGAGUUGAACAUGCUCCAAAGGGCUCACAGCCUUGAAACGUACGGAGUCGACCCUCACCCUUGCAAGGACUUUACGGGCUCCACUGCCUUCCUCGGGUUCACGGCCACGGGUUUUGUGGUGUUCCAGGGAAACAAGAGGAUCCACCUCCUCAAAUGGGCUGACGUGAGCAAGCUGAAGUUCGAGGGAAAAACCUUUUACGUGAUCGGGAUUCAGAAGGAGAUCUCCCUAACAGGCAGGAUUCACUGUAACAGGAUGUCAUCACUGAAGAAACUGGUCUUGACAUUUCACACCUCGACUCCUGCUGCGUGUAAGCACUUAUGGAAGUGCGGGGUGGAGAACCAGGCCUUUUACAAAUGUGCAAAGUCGAGUCAGAUAAAAACGGUUUCAAGCAGUAAUAUCUUUUUCAAAGGCAGCAGGUUCAGAUACAGUGGAAGAGUAGCCAAGGAGGUGAUAGAAGCCAGCUCCAAGAUUCAGAGAGAGCCACCGGAAGUGCGCAGAGCCCAGUUUGGUCAGAGUCGAAGUUUCAACUCCCUCAGCCACAAAAACCUCAUCAUGAAUAUGGAACCUCUGGUUCCCGCGCUGCCCUCCACCAACGAAUACGAAGAGACGGCAGCAGACGCCGGUGUUGUUGCCGUUAAGGACUCUGUCCCCUUGUCUCCCCUCAAACCUUCGGUUGCGCCGGCGGUCACAGAGCAACAAACUACCGAAGGAGGAAACUCUGCUCUGGGCAAUGACCUGCAGCCUCCUCGUGUUUCCAUGGAAACCUCAAAUCAUCGACCUCAAGCUCCCAGAGCUGAAGUAGAACUGGAGGAAGACGACGAGGCCGGCGGUGCAUGCACCAUUUCUGAGCUCACCUACAGCCCCUGUGCCAGCAUGCUUCCCACCCCCGUGGAUGACAGUCAGGGAGGCGUCGACUUGCUCUUCUCCUCCCCGGUCCAGAGCCCGGCCAGGCUGCUGAGGGAGCUGCACGCUGACCCCGACAUCCAGGCCCAGCUGGAGGCCGAAAGGGAGCGGGACCGGGCCUACGAGCGAACCCGGCUGGCUGCGAGAAGUCGAAUGAGCGGGGUCCUGACCAGCAGCCUGCGCCUGCUGUCCUCCAACGAGCGAGUCAACGCCUGUGUGCUCAGCGUGGCCCGCUUCGUCGCCGUGGUAAUGGGCGUCCUGCUCGUCACUGUGCCCACGCUGCUGCUGCUGCUGGAGUCAGACAUCGACGUGUCCUUCCUCCACGAGAUCCGCCAGACGCCGGAGUUUGAGCAGUUCCACUACGAGUAUUACUGCCCGCUCCGACGCUGGAUCCUGUGUAAGAUCAGCAUGGCCAUGGAGAACAUCUGGUCUGACUGAAGAGGAGCGGAAACAGGAGGAACCGGAGAGAGAAGAGUCACUGCAGGGGGAAACAAACAAGGCCAAAUGUCUGUCUUAACAUAUGAUCUAACCUCAUCAGUCUUAACAGCGUGUGGUUUCUCUUGAGGCUAUGAUCUGCCAGUGGGAUGAAAUUAUUUCACUUGUUAAGGAGCAAGUAUUCUGUGCAAAGCUGUAUUGCAUCACUCGUGGUGACUCACAAAGUUGUGCUAACAUGGUCUAUUAAAGCAAGAAGAUUAGUUUCACUUAUUUGGCAGCGUGUCUUGAAGAACAGAGGGAUACGAGGGAGAAAUUUUCAUCAUGGGAUCAAAUCAUUUGUUAAGAUAGACACUUUUGGCAGUGCUGAACUACACACACAAACAAGGCAGAAAUAAGAAAAGAAACUGUGUGUUCAACGAGAAACUCGGUGAAGGGAAAUGAAGGAAGGUAACGGAUAAGGGAAGCCAUGGAGAGAGGAAAAGUCGCAAAAAGGGGAAAAGGUUUUUGUUUAACUCGAGAUGUUAUCGGCCUGUUCACUCCUGAUGCUGACGAGAUGAAGCAGAGACUCUUUGAUCGUGAUCACAAACCAUUCUGAUUGGUUCUCGCCCUCAGAGCGGAGCACCUGAUUGGCCGCAGGGCCUGUCAGUCAUGACGGAGUGGGUGGGAACAGAAAGAGGGAACGAUAGAUGGAUUUGACAGUGAACGCAACAAUAGCCACCAUCAGAGGUACAAUAUAUCAAUAUAUAUAUAUAUAUAUAUAUAAAAAACAAAAAACAACAGAGAGAUAUUGAUAAUUAAUACCAAUCUUAAAUAAGUUGUUUUUAACGUUUUGUACAUUUUUAUGUGAUCCAGAUCUUUCAGGAAUUUUUCAGUCAGAGGAUCUACUUUGAGGUUAUUUUCAAAUUAAGAGUUUACAAAAGAUUACUAAAGAAAAAAAAGAAGAAAAGCAAAUUUAUUGAAGUUUAUCAGGGCGGUGGGUGCGGAGAAAUUUGAACUAUUUUUUAAGACUACCGUCGACAUUUGCUGACUUGGUAGCACCCUAGGUUUUUCCUACAGAGGUUAGAGCACAAAUCUUUUACACAGACCACAGACACAACUGUUUCAGAUUAUGUGAUGUCAUUUUGGAAAACUGGAGGGAGGCAGGUAGAGAAGCGUGCUGGUAAAACGUGUGUGUGUUUUGUCGAACUCCUAAAUGUCUUCUGAACUAAAUGUCGGCUCAUCGGUUACGUGCAUCUUUCAUGGUGGAAGGUUUUGACAGAAAACAUGUAAAGGAAGUGGCUUGUGGAUGAAACGUCAUGGGGGUAAAUUUAAGAUUACGAACUUAGAGGUUUGUUGUUAUUUGUUUGCUGAUGGUGUGCUUCUUUAGGGCGAGCUCUGUGCGUGCUCCAGCUGCGCAGGUGACAGACGACACAUGAAGAGACAAGCAUUUAAUGGUCAAAACCUCACACACGAAUAUAUUUAUUCGUGCAAAGGUGACUGAUCAGAGUGUCUAAUUUAUUUAGAAGCAGAUCACGCAUUAGAAAUGAUUUGUAGCCAUUUCUAGGAAGACCUAUAGUAACAUCCCUUUGAGUACUUGUCCUUAAGUGUGAGUACAGGAUAGUAUUUAGUGACCAACAUGACAGAGGUGUCAUAUUAUAGAAAGGAAUAAUGUUUAAUGGGGAAUUUAUGGGUUUAUUUAGGGUCGGGGCUGUGUACAUAUGGCGAUAUUGUUCAAGAAUGGAGUCAAAGUUUAAGAAUAUCAAGGUAAAAACUAAUACAGUAUAAUGCUAUGUGAGUACAAUAAGAACAUAUCAUGACGCAAGACUUUUGUCAGUGAUUUCUGGGAACUUACUUACAGCUAUCAGCGCAGUGUUUGUUCACCAGUCAGACAGUGAGUAGUAGUAUAGUGGCUCUGAAAGAAAAGGAGAACAGAGAGGAACAAUGAAUUAAAGCAGACGUUUAAAAACAAUAAAAGGUAGUUUGGCUAAACUUCUCAGGAAAGGGCAUUAGUAGUUUUAGUUCAAAACACUAAAAAUACAACAAAAAAAAAGAAGAAUGAAUGAAAUGCAUUUAAUCACGACAUAACAUUCACGUAGGUUUUGUUGUGACACUGUCAUGAAUAUUCAUACGCUGUACGUGUAAUCAGACAGAAAUACGGCCGCAGACUCUCUAGUUUGCUGUAGCAUAGCGACGUAUGCAUACAUGUCAUUGCAUUAAGCCGAUAGUUGAAACAUCACAGCUCACUUUACAGUAACGUCAAAAAAAACUAGCAGCGUUUUAGGCCAGUCUCUCUGUCAAGGGUCUCACACAGUAUUUAUUCUCGUAUAAAGAGCAGAAUUAAUUUUUUGAAGUUUAUUUUCAUAUCUCACUUAAACUUGGCUGCUACGGAGGCCGCUGCAGUGCUCACGUUUCCAUCAGCUCACCUCUGGUCUUCUCUCAUCCAGUGUCGCCGCCUCACAUCAUAACGUCGGCUGUGUCGUCCUGUAACUCUGUAGACUUUUAUGCAUUAACGAGCUUUAUGCAUAUAGCAAAUAUGCAGUAACAACAAGAAACACGGUCUAUUUGGGACAGAGCAUUUAUUUUCCUACUACAGCACAUGCACUGAGUUUCAACGGCGAAACCGAGCAAAGGGCCAAACCACUAUGACAACAGCGUUUGCAUUUUGUGAAAUAAAACCAGCUUUACUGUCGAGGCUGAUCUGUAUGCACUGCUAAAUGAUCGUCAUCACCAUCGCCAUGGUAACUAAUAGGGAGGGAUGUCGUCCUGUCUUCAUUUGUUACGGUUUCUCCUCCAGCCUCAAAAUGCUCGAGCUGUAGAUUUAAAAGACUCCAUCAUCCUCCGAGUAGACCGGGAAAUCUCUCGCUUGGCUCCUUUUUGCUGACCUCUCAAUGCGAAUUGCAUGUCCUCAUUUGUAAAUAGUGUGUUUAUAGCUGUGGCAAAAAUACCCGGUCUGGGUAAAGAUUUCCUUUCUCUCUUCCCUCUGUGCGUCUUGUCCGUGUAAAGCAAUCUAGAUUUAGGCUUGGCUGUCUCAAUCAUCUCAGAUGAAUGCAUGCUCUCUGUUUUUAUCAAGAGGAGGGAGGAGAAAAGACACAAGUCUGAGACAUCAGAGGCUUUUAUCUAAAUUAAAAUCAGGCACCGGUCAUCUGAGCAGUUUUAAAAACUUGUCAUGCUGUUUGCUUUGGGGUUUAUUUUAAUCAACUGAGACGCGUGGUUGCUAAUGCUGUUAGCUUCCUCCCAAAUGAUCCAUUCAAAUUAUGCCUCGGUGGCCUCUAACAAGUCGGCUAUCUAACUUGUAAAUUUCAUCAUGCUUAUGCUGUGUGUUUUUAAACCAUUAACAUCAGAUGCUAAAUGUUAGCGCCAAAGCCUAACCUCAUUGCUAAUGGAGCAUGCUAGCAUGUUAGCUAAUCGUAUAUCACAAGCAGGGUUGGGGUUCAUUCACUCUCAGCUGAAAGAAUCAAAACUGUUCAUCGAAUAUUAAUUAUCUUGCCGUUAACUGAAUAUCAGGCACCAUUUGCAUAUGUUUAAAAACACAGAACAGAGUCACUGCAAAGUAAAACUAAACCUCGACUCAUUGCAAACAAAAGGGCCUUUUAGUUCUGAGAUUUAAAGAAAAAAACAAUUGGCUCCAUAUGACACCGUAACAUUAUAUUAGUUUGUAGCUUAUUUAUUUAUCUGUUUAUCACCCUCUAAAGGGGAAUUUAUCCACAGGUGUAGCUCUCAUUUUGAGCUACUCAUCUUGAGUUCCUGUGUUUGACCAACAGCAUAUAGAUGGACUGAGAGUACAACUAUUGUUGCCUACAUUAAUAAAACUGUGAGUUAAAAAAAAAAAAA